UCAGUCGUUGAUAUCGUUUUAUCGCAGCUAGUUCUAUAUUUUUCCAAUCUCCAGGAUGAGACUGGAAAGUGCUUUGGCCUACGUGGCAAUUAUAGCGAUUUUCUCGUUUUCAAUAUCAAAUGCAGAAACAUGCGGUGAAAAUGAAAGUUACAAUUCAUGUGGAACUGCAUGUCCCGUAACUUGCGAAACACUUGGCGAACCAGUAUUCUGUAUUGCACUAUGUGUAGCUGGAUGUUUCUGUAACGAUGGAUAUGUCAGAGGUCCCAAUGGAAAUUGUAUCCCUGAUGACGAGUGUCCUAAAUGCGGUCCCAAUGAACAUUAUGAAAGUUGCGGUUCAGGAUGCGGAGAUCUGACAUGUGACAAUUAUGGUGAACAAUUAAUCUGCCCAGCUGUAUGCUUAUCACAAUGUUUUUGCGAUAAGGGCUAUGUCAGAAACAACGAAGGAGUUUGUGUACCUUUGGAAGAGUGUCCAAAUGUUUGUGGACCCAAUCAAGAAUUGGUCGCCGUGGGACCAGCUGAUGAAUGUGAGCCAAAUUGUCGACUUCUUAUUCCAACCCAAUGUCCCGAAAUCGGAGUGCUGAAUAAAUGUGUUUGCAAAAAAGGAUUUGUAAGAGUCUCCCAGUUUGAUAGAAGUUGCGUUCCGGAAGAGUCAUGUCCAUCCUUAUGUAAGGCUUUUGAAACAUUCACGGACUGUGGAUCCGGAUGUGGUGAUUUAACAUGCGAAAUACCAAAUCAAGAUGGAUUGCCCUGUCCCGAAUUCUGUCAAAAAGGAUGCUUUUGUAGUCCAGGAUAUGUCAGAGAUUCAAAUGGAAGAUGCAUUCCCUGCAGUGAAUGCCAAACUGGUCCCUGUGCAUGUGGAGAAAAUGAAAGUUAUAACUUAUGUGGCACUGCAUGUCCUGAUACAUGCGAAACGCUUGGUGAACCAACAUUUUGCACAAAACAAUGUGUAGCUGGAUGUUUCUGUGACAAAGGAUUUGUCAGAGGACCCAAAGGAAAUUGCAUCCCUGAAAAUGAGUGUACAGAUCUUUGUCCCAGAGAAAACGAAAUAUUCAGCCCAUGUGGAGCUGGUUGUGAAAAGCAAUGUAGUGACCCAUUUAAUGAUUUUAUUAUUUGUCCGGCUAUCUGUAGACCUGGCUGUGUCUGUAAAGAUGGUUUUAGAAGAAAAGGUCGCCGUUGUAUUCCAACCGAAAAAUGUAGGAAACGAGAGUGUAGAAAGAGAAAGAAUGAAAGAUAUCUCGAAUGUGGGUCUCCAUGUGAAGCAACCUGUGAAAAUCCGGAUCUUCCCCUUCUUUGCAAAGCUCCCUGUGGUCCUGGCUGCUUCUGCAAAAAAGGUUUCCUUCGUAAUGCAAGUGACGAAUGCGUUUCACCGGAUUGUUGUGAAUAGAAAGAGUGAAAUGAAGAAAAUAUCGCUAGACAGUUAUAUGAAAUAUUUGUUUCAUACUAUUGCGGAAAAGAAAUUCUCAAUGGCCUUCAAAUAAAACUUAUAAUAUUCAUCAAAAGCAAUUAAAAU